ACCUACCGUAAGUCCUCAGCUUGGUUUUACCGGAGCGAAUCGUUGGGCAAUUACCUCAGCUCGAUGGUAGGGAGUCGAACUCCUUUAUAAGCCUUGCAGGUAGACGUUCCUCGUACACUUCACUGAACUGGUCUUCUCAAGUCUGCAAUCAUGUUCAAGUUUAUUACUCUAUCUUGCCUGUUGGCAGUCAGUGUUCAGUGCAAGAUCUCACCCAACCAGGCUGUGCCAUACUACCCUCAACCGUACCCGGUAGCAUAUCCUAAUGUAUACCCCCAAGUUUACUCUGCACAACCGAAAUACAAUGUGCAGCCCGCCUAUGUAGCAGCCGCCGCAUAUCCAGCCGCCGCAUAUCCAGCCGCCGCAUAUCCAGCCGCCGCAUAUCCAGCCGCCGCAUAUCCAGCUGCCGCAUAUCCAGCUGCCCCUGGAAACUACCGACAAGUCUUGGUACCAGCUAGUCCUGCCUACAACCCUUAUUAUUACGGAUACGCUCCUUACCCAGCCUAUGCUCAAGCCCAGCAGUACCCAUAUUCAUACGUUCAAAAUGAUGGAGCUGGAGCUGGAGCUGGAGCUGGAUCUGGAGCUGGAGCUGGAGCUCAAGGCUGGGCAGAAUACUUAACAAACAGUUUCUGGAGCUACGUGCCGACUUACGGCACCCAACCGGCUUCGGAAACAGAAGAAUCCGCGGCGGCUGCAGCUCCUGACACUCAAACAUCCGCCGAAGGUCCAGCAAAGGGCGACAAACCUGCAGCUACACAAGAAGCACCCAAAUCAGGAGAAGUCGCUAGCGACGAACAGCCUUCUCAAUCACCGUCCAAACAAUUCGCUGCCUAUCCUCUACCGUACUUCGGUCAACCACAAUUUUAUGGACAAGCACCUUUUCAACAAGCAGCAUAUGACCCAGCAAAGUUGAACGCAGCAAAUAACGGCGCAGUUUCAAGUUUUCUUUUCCCGAAAAAUAUUCAAUCUGCAGUGUUCCAACAGACACCACAACCGUUUGCUGAUCAAAAAUACUACCAGGCCCCACAGGCCAACCAAGGUACCGCAGCACAAGCUUACCAGCGAUACUUGCAGUUCCAGAAACAACACUUACAGGGACAAUACCAACAAGGACAAUUCCAACAUCAACAUCAAGAUCAGCCAUUCCAACAACAACCGGAAAAAUUCCAACAACAACCGGAACAAUUUCAACAAUACGACCAACAACCCCAGAAAGACGAAUCCUCUGUUGUCGUAGAUUCGAAUGUCACCGGACUCCAAGUCAAUGCCGAAGGCCAACAGCAACCACAAUCUAAAGUAGCCACAGGUUCGAACUAAUUUGGAGCUAUGACCCGACUGAAUUUAUUUUAUACAAUUUUCCAAUUCAAAAUAUAAUUUUAUAAUCUUAUUUUAUAUAAUAAAAUAUAUUGUUUGAAUUCAAUAUGAAUAUAAUAGUAACAUGAGCCAGUUUGAUGCACAUAUUACUAUUAUUAUAUAGAAGCUGAGUUAAAAUACGAAUUUAUUGUCAAAUAAAUCAUAUUUCGAAAAUAUCCUUGUAUUUUAAAACUACUUUUUUUUCAAUGUGAAAUACAAAAUUAUUGGUUAAUAAAAAAAAAAUGUAUUUAUUUUGCUUAAA